GGAGCGUUUUUUACCCGAUCGAUAUCAAAUCAAAUGCCUGCCAAUUUCUUGCGCAGAGUUUCUCCAUCCCGACAUCGAUGGUGGCCAUCUCCCUCUACCGCGGCAACCUUCACCGUGUCCCCUCCGGUCUCCGCCGCUGGCCCUUCCCUCGUCGCUCCCUCACCCUCAACUCCUUCAAGAUCCUCACUCGCAAGCGCGCCCUCGCUCUCUCCCGUCUCUCCUUGCAGAUCAAGACCAAGGAUGAGGAGAAGGAGGAGCUAGCUCCCAGGGAAGAUGACGAGGAGCUUGAUCGUGAAGGCGUCGGUGAGAAUGGUUGCCAUCAGCGCCAUCUGGUGCCUGAGAAUGAUAGUUCUUCUCCGAUUGAGAUCAAGAAGGAGGUCGCAAGCACGGAGGAGCCUGUUCAAGAACCUCGAGAGGUUGUAGAUGUUGGUUCUUUGAAUACGGAGGAUGUGGUUGCUGGUGGAGAUGCCGUGGUUGAAGGGAAAACCGAGGAAACACAAAAAGUAAAUAUUGUUGAGGAUAAAGAGCACAAGAAAAAAGAGUUGCAAGAGAAGGUGCAUGUGUUGAGUGAAAAAAAGCACCUUCUGGUCCAGAUGUUGAAGCAGAUUCUUAACACCGAAGAGGAAAUGAAGCGGCGAAGUGUUCAGCCAUCUGGCAUUUGGCCUACCACUCCUGUACCUGAACCUGCUGUUGAGAUGGGUUCUGCAGGGAGGCUUAUCUCUAGGAUUAAUGCAGAUGUAAACUGUAAUGGAGAUGCUGGUGGAGAAUCAGAGAUCGCCAAAAACCCUAAUGUUCAUUCACGCCAUUUGAUUCCUACACAUAGCACAUCUCCAUCUGCCAUGUCUCCUCAUAGCAGGACAACAAACAUUCUUUUCCAACAAAGUCCUACCCCUCACUCUCGGGGAAACAUCACCACUGCUAUUCAUGGUCAAGCCUCAUCCAACAUGAUUGGUAACACUGCGGCUAGUCCGUCCCGGAUUAUAUCUACAGGACAUCAAGGUCAUGCAGCAGCAGGCCUGCCUCCAGUCUCUGUUCCUGGAUCACAAUUUGUUGCAUCUUCGCCAUCUCCGGCCACAUCAGGAGGUGCUUCUUCAGUCUUUCGGGAUUCCCGUCUGACCAGCCCUUCAUGGAAUUGUUAGUAUCUCAUUGUCACCAUAAUUAGCCUCAUUUGGCAAUGCCUUGCGUGGCUAUGCUCUCUAGUCUUGACCAAAUCAAUUGAAUCCUUUUUUACUCAUUUGUUCUAGGGUUUUCAGAUUUCAUCACCAUUAUGACCUUUGUGAAUUCAUCAGUGAUACUGUUAAUUUUAGGCUGAAGUAUAUAAGAUUUGGCUACUCAAUCCAAUCAUAUCUAGUAUAUGAUCUAAUUAUCUCUAAA